AUCAAUUGUCAAUGUCGUUCGUUGAAUAAUAAAUCAAAUUCACGUUUUACCAAGAAAUUAUUAUUUUAUCUAUUAUAACAUUUACAAUAACAACAAUUUACCAUGUCGUUACGAUUAGAAGUUGAAAAGAAAAAGGCUUUAGAAGAAAUGCGCAAAUUAAUGGCAGACCGUAAAAACAAAGAUAAAAAGCCAAUAAAAAUAAACAACCCCCUUGCUAAAUACAAUAAUGCUGGACAGCUUAUGUGUGUAUUGUGUUCUUCUAUAGUGCGGUCUGAAAAUGUGUGGCAAGUUCAUGUAAACAGUAAACAGCACAGAGAAAAUGUUGAACAAGCAAAGAAGUUAAAAGAACUAACAAAUAAUUUCACAGACAAAAAAAUUAAAAAGAGGCCAAAUACAUCAUUAGGAGAUCCACCACAGGAGAAGAAAUUAAAGGGAAUUCUAAAAAAUACCACUGGAAAUCCAGUUAUACAAACUGCUAAACCAAAAAACAAUGCCCCUACAAUAGUAACUUUUCAUAAUGAAGAAAUUAAAAGGACUAUUUUAGACCCUAAUAUUAAAGAAAGUACAAGUAAAGAAGUAAUGUCAAACUCAGAUACAGCAAAAGAAGAUUCAAAAUCCCAGGAAGGCAGUGAUCAACCAAUCCCUGAAGGAUUUUUUGAUGACCCUAUUUUAGAUGCAAAGGUCAGAAACAUUGAGUAUAAAGAUCCUGUAGAGGAAGAGUGGGAGAAAUUUCAAAAGGAAAUCAAAGAAGAAACUACAACUUCCGCCGAAAUUAUAGCCGGUGAACAAGAAGAAGCAACGGCGGAAAGACAAAUCGAUGAAAUUGACGAACAAAUCCGAAAUUGGUCAAGAGUUCUUGAUUUGGAGCUAAAAAAAGAAGAAACGAAGAAUAAGAAGCAAGAUGUGGAAUUGAUGAGUGAAGAUGAAAAUGAUUCAGAAAAUGAUGUAGACAUUGAUGAAUUUUUGGACUGGCGAGCUAAAAAGUCAUAUAGCUGAUGUAUUGUAAAAUGUCUGAUCCCAUGUUUCUGUAAUAUAUAAUAGUUAAGA